AUGGAGAACAACAACAAUAUGUACCAACAUUUGGUUGAAAUAGAUGAACCUGAGAAUGACUUCUAUCUCCCAGAUUAUGAUGAAGAAGAAAAGGAUUCCAACUUCAUUUUCAUCAUCAACACAAUCCUAAGUGGUACGGCUCGCCUCAACGUUCUCUUACCCACUGUCACAAUCCUUGCCUUCACCAUUUUUGCACCCAUACUAACCAGUGAUGGCCAAUGCAACAAGUUUGAGCAAUAUAUAACAGGGAUUUUCUUGAUCCUAUCGGCUAUUUCUUGCGUGUUUUUCUCUUUCACUGACAGCUUUAAAUCAGCAAGAGGGAGACUACACUAUGGGGUGGCAACAUUCAGUGGCAUUUGGACUUUCAAUGGAAGAAGGAUUAAGCCUUGUGUGCCAAGAGAUUAUAGACUUAGAUGGUCUGAUAUUUUUCAUGCAUCACUUUCAUUGAUUGCUUUCCUUACCUUUGCAGCAUCACACAAUGAUGUGCUUCACUGUUAUCAUUUUGUUGUUCCAAGAAAGGUCAUAAAUACUGUUCCAUUGGUGAUUGGAUUUGUUAUUAGUCUUCUCUUUGUCAUAUUUCCUUCUAGGAGAAGAGGGAUUGGGUAUCCCUUCUUGCUACAAAGUGAUAUAUAA